CAGUUCUCCUGCUAUUUCAUUUUCUGAGGAGGAGAAGCCAAUUCCUGGACAAGGUAUAAUUACAAUGUGCAAGCAUUGAACAAUGUGAGUUGUGACUAUAAAAUUUACGUAUAUUGUAUAGGCAAGAGUGUGACCAAGUCUAGUAAACUGACAUCAGCCAAGCAGACUGUUAGAUCCUGGUAUGUUACUAACUUUUGUAGAAUAUAUAUAUAUAUAUACAUAUACACACACUUAUAAUUAUGUUAUUAAAUGUGGUAAUGGUCACUACAGAGGAGAGUACUAGUGUGAUGGACGCUGUGCAGAGCUCCAGCAAGACCAAGUCUAGUAAACUGACAUCAGCCAAGAAGACUGUUGAUCCUGAGGAGAGUACUAGUGUGAUGGACACUGUGCAGAGCUCCAGCAAUACCAGGUCUAGUAAACUGACAUCUGACAUCAGCCAAGAAGACUGUUGAUCCUGAGGAGAGUACUAGUGUGAUGGACGCUGUGCGGAGCUCCAGUAAGACCAGGUCUAGUAAACUGACAUCAGCCAAGAAGACUGUUGAUCCUGAGGAGAGUACUAGUGUGAUGGACGCUGUGCGGAGCUCCAGCAAGACCAGGUCUAGUAAACUGACAUCAGCCAAGAAGACUGUUGAUCCUGAGGAGAGUACUAGUGUGAUGGACGCUGUGCGGAGCUCCAGCAAGACCAGGUCUAGUAAACUGACAUCAGUCAAGAAGACUGUUGAUCCUGAGGAGAGUACUAGUGUGAUGGAUGCUGUGCGGAGCUCCAGCAAGACCAGGUUUAGUAAACUGACAUCAGCCAAGAAGACUGUUGAUCCUGAGGAGAGUACUAGUGCGAUGGACGCUGUGCAGAGCUCCAGGAAGACCAGGUCUAGUAAACUGACAUCAGCCAAGUCUCCAGUAGUCACUGAACCUGGAAAUCUAUCAGAAGAUACUCACUAGGAUGGCUCAGCCACAUGGUGCACAGGGCAUCAUAUUAAUGGAUGAAAUUUAGUAGGAAUAUAGUUUUAUACGAAAUGUACACGCUUAAAAUGUUUGGAGGUCAUGUGACCUUUAGCGAUGUCGUUACAGUGUGAUUAAGAAGAUAAAAAGGAGGAUUAAAGGAGGAUUAGAAGAUUAGAAACAAGUGUAGCCAUACCCCAAAAUUUUUUUAUAAAGUACAACUCAGUUUUACCAUUUUUGUGGUGCCCGGAAUGAUGCGUAUCAUUUACAGGUGCAGGUGCACAGAAAUCAGGAAAACUGUCGCAUUUUCUAUUUAAUGCCCUCUACUUAAAUAUGCGUAUUUCAAUUUUCCGCUUCACCGAAAAUGAUAGACAUCAUAUCCGGAUAGACAUCAUAUCCGGGCGCCAUAAAAAUGGUAAA